AUCUUCACCAAGAACACUGAGACUUUUCGAAAACCAAAAAAUUGGAAUUGGGUGUUUUAUUGGACUAUCCAACAAUGAUGCGAUUAUCACCCGGAUUUGCAAUUAAUCCUCGUUUUCAAUUCAAUCCAUUCGUCAUUUCCCAGAAACCGACUUUUCUACCCGCCCAAAUCGGGCCACGGCGGAGGAAUUUUUCCAGAAUCGGAUCGGAGAGCGGCGACGGCGACGCUUUCGAUGCUGUAGCUUAUGAGUCUGAGCGGCUGAGCCUCGACGCGGUUGCGAUGGAGGAUAUGGCGGAGACGGCGAAGAAGGAACUCGAAUCGGAUCCGGAUAGUGAUCCGAAAGCUUGGAAAUGGGUGAUCCGAAAGAGCAUGUGGGAUCUGAUGGAAGCCCGGAACUACUCCAUGAACCCUAGACCCGUUCAUCAUCGAAUCCCUAAUUUCGUCGGUGCGUCGGCUGCUGCCGGUAAAUUGGCCGAGCUUGAAGCUUUUAGUAAUGCUGAGGUCGUGAAGGUUAAUCCUGAUUCGCCGCAAAAGCAAAUCAGGUUUCUUACACUUUCUGGUGAUAAAAAGCUGUUGACUCCUCAACCUAGGCUAAGAACAGGGUUCUUCUCUGUACUAGAAUCCGAUUUGUUGAAACCAGAAACGAUCAUAGAAGCUUGCACCUCUGUAGGAGUAGCCAAGUAUGGAAGAGCGAUUGGUCUCGAUGAGAAGAUCAAAGUGGAUCUCAUUGUCAUUGGCUCUGUUGCGGUUAAUCCACAAACAGGUGCUCGAUUAGGGAAAGGAGAGGGUUUUGCGGAGCUUGAAUAUGGAAUGUUGCGUUACAUGGGAGCCAUUGAUGAUUCCACACCCGUUGUAACAACUGUACAUGACUGUCAGCUCGUGGAUGAUAUACCCCUCGAGAAACUUGCGAUUCACGAUGUUCCUGUGGAUAUCAUAUGCACUCCUACUCGAGUCAUUUUCACUAAUACACCAAUCCCGAAACCAAAAGGAAUCUAUUGGGACAAAUUGUCGCCGGAGAAGCUGCAACAAAUUAGGAUACUGAGAGAGCUAAAGAAACGGUUGGAAAAGAAAACUGGCCGUAAACUUCCAACCGGACCAUCCGAGAAAUUACCUCCCACUGCUGAGCGCAAACGCCGGUAGCUUCUAGUUUUGGCCAAUUGGUUUUUGGCUUGAUACUGGUUUUACUUGUUCUUUUCGGUUACUGUUUUAUACGAGACAACUAAAGAUGUGUAUACGAUGUAUUUGAGUAGUGAAAAAAUGUAGUGGAUUAGACCCUUUUUCAUUACGUGGUCUAUCUGUAAGAGUAGGAACUAAAUAAUGGCUUUCAUUAUGUAUAUGUAACAACAAUGAUACAUAA